GCCAACGUGAAUUCCCAGUGCGUGCGUGCGUGCUGUCCACGGUUCGUGUUUAAUGAAAGUAUUUUUUUGAGGGUGUUUUUUGUUUUUAUCUUAUCACGCACCAGCACACAACCACACCUAACCAUAUACACCACGGCCCUAGAGCGAAAGAACACUCAUUCCCGUUCAGUAAUACCCAACUCAUCGCCGAAGAGGGACGACAUCAUAGAACGGCAGACAGGCAGACAGGCAGGCAGGCGCAGGUCCAGUGUUGAACUCGUGAACAGCACACUCAGUGAGAGCGAAAGUGCGUGGGCACGUGUUUGAGCGAUAAGGUGCACUGUGGUGAGAAUCUAGAACCGCAGAGAGUGUGCCUAUCCUGCGAGUCCUUCUAAAGUUGAGAGCAUCACUUCACCAUCAAUCUAUCCUUGCGAGGAGGUGGAUGGAUGCCGUGAUUACUUAACUGACGUGAUUGCCAUCAAUUUGCUGUCGCGUGGACAGUACUCCAUCAACUUGCAGCAGCACUAAGUGAUAGUGACACGGCAAGGAUUCGAUUAUCACUCGUUGCUGUAGUAUCCUCUUUCGUGGUGUGCCAUAAAAAGCAAGCCCUCGCGUGUACUCGUCGCUCAGUGUAAAGUCCUCGGUGACACUGUCGUCCGCGGGUGUGUUUCUUUACUAGCAGGAUAAUCGAUUUUCCAGCGUUACGGCGUCGCCCCUAAAAAGUUAAACGAAAGGUCAACAUCCUACACCGCGCCCCGUAGGGCCAUUAGUCUAGUUUAGCUCGAAGCUAGUUCGAAGCUUACUCGACCCGACAAUCCGAGAACGAACAAAUUCCGUAAUGAACAUCUCGCGCUUUUGUGUGAAUUUCUCGAACUUCACACAUCAGCUACAAUGUGGCGUUACGGCGGGCAUCGUUAGCCACAGAAGUAGAUCAUUUGGGUUGGCUUCACCACAGCAGCAGCAGCAGCAGCAGCUGCCGCAGCAGCCAAUCAUUAGCGCUGAAGCGCCGGCACCCGGUAACAGUCUCAGAAGCAGAUUCUACCAUCUCUCAUCGUACGACACGCGCGACAAGGCUGCAUUCUACAAUGUCGAUCGAAAGAGACCACCGCCACAGAUGGAAGAGCAACGGGAUUCGGACAAGAAACACUCCGAGGAUCAGCUGUUCCAGAUGUUCAAAAACAAGGAAACGAACACGGUCAACAUGGGAAAGUUUCUUGCGGAACUCCGUACGAUCGGUAUCCGGCGGACGGAUCCCCGCAUCCAGGAGAUGAUGGAUAACCUGAAGCGUGUGCACAAACUGAACAACUACGAGCACGGUUCACCGCACACGCAGCAACUGAACGAGGAAACGUUCAAGGCGGUCAUUGCCCCAAACAUCGUCCUGAUUGCGCGCGCCUUCCGGCACCAGUUCGUCGUGCCCGACUUCCAAGGCUUCACCAAGGACAUCGAGGAGAUCUACUGGAAGUGCAAGAGCAACACCGACGGCAAAGUGGCCACCUACAUCCCGCAGCUUUCUCGCGUCAACCCCGACUACUGGGGCGUUAGCGUGUGCACGAUCGAUGGCCAACGGUUCUCGAUCGGUGACACCGCGGUCAACUUCACGCUGCAAAGCUGCAGCAAACCGUUGACGUACGCGAUCGCGCUAGAAAAGCUGGGCGCUCAAGUUGUCCACCAGUACAUCGGCCAGGAACCGAGUGGCCGGAAUUUUAACGAGCUCGUACUGGACUACGAGAAGAAACCGCACAAUCCGAUGAUCAAUGCGGGUGCGAUCCUGACCUGCUCGCUGCUGAAGACGCUCGUCCACCCGGAGAUGACACUGGCCGAGAAGUUCGAUUACGCCCAAUCGUGGUUCAGCCGGAUGGCGGGUAAUGAGCCGCUCGGGUUUAACAAUUCCGUCUUCCUGUCGGAACGGGAAGCCGCCGAUCGGAACUAUGCGCUCGGGUUCUAUAUGCGCGAGCACAAGUGUUACCCCGAGAAGGCGAACCUGCGCGAGUGUAUGGACUUUUACUUCCAGAUCUGCUCGAUGGAGGCAACCUGCGAUACGCUGUCCGUCGUUGCCGCGACCCUCGCCAACGGUGGCAUCUGUCCGUUGACCGAGGAACGGGUGCUAGGAUCGGAGAACGUACGCGAUGUCCUCUCGCUGAUGCACUCGUGCGGUAUGUACGACUUCAGUGGUCAGUUUGCGUUCAAAGUUGGACUGCCGGCAAAAUCGGGCGUGUCCGGUGGUGUGAUGCUAGUCAUUCCGAAUGUGAUGGGCAUGUUCAUGUGGUCGCCACCACUCGAUCCCCUCGGCAACAGUUGCCGUGGUGUGCAGUUCUGCAAAGAGCUGGUCGACGUGUUCAACUUCCAUCUGUACGACAACUUGAAGCACGGUUCGAACAAGAAGGAUCCUCGCCGGCACCGGUACGAAACGAAGGGCCUCUCGGUGGUCAACCUUCUGUUUUCGGCCGCCAUCGGUGAUGUGACGGCGUUGCGACGCCACAAGCUUUCGGGCAUGGACAUUACGCUGUCGGAUUACGAUGGACGUACGGCGCUGCAUCUGGCCAGCGCCGAGGGACACUUCGAGUGUGUCCGGUUCCUGCUCGAACACUGCGGGGUACCGCACAAUCCGAAAGAUCGCUGGGGUAACCGGCCGGUCGAUGAGGCGGAAACGUUCGGACACGAGGACGUCGUCGCCUUGCUGAAACAGUGGGAAGAGAAGGUACAGAAGGCGACGCAAGGAAGUGAGACAACGGCGACCAACGGAACGGCGGAAACGGGCUACAAUUCGGAUCAGGAUAGUGAUGCGUCGAGCGGGAAGGACUCGAAAGGCACGAAGGGAUCGGAUAUCUUAACUUAAGUGGAUCGAAUCUGUACGCUGAAUCUCACUAGCACUCAAGUGCGAGCACGACGUUGUUAGUGUAAUGACUUACUAUAGUAAUAAUAACGACGACAAUAAUGUAUCUGUGCGAUAACCCUAUAGGUAGCGAACCCCUAGAUGGGGGUUUCCCCCCUUCUACAGUUAAUAUUCUUCAACUAGAUGUUAGUUCUCAUGUUCUCAUGUACCACCACGCACACCGUCACCAUCAUCAUCAUCAUCAUCAGCAAUGUGUCAUGCUUCACUGUCACGUCAAUUAUAUGCAAACGAUAAAGUCAAAUUGUAACGUGAAGGAUAUCCAUCAAUAAAUCCCUCCGACGGAGACUGCAUAUAUACAA